GUUGUGCACGGUAAUCAGCCAACAAACACAAACAUAGGCUUUUUCCAUCCUACAUAUCCAUCUUCACCAAGCUCCAAUUUUGCUCAUAUUGAGACCCCUUCGUAAGCCAUCCAUCAACAUGGCAAGCCUCUCAGAAGCAGAACAAGAGGAACCGGAAGCCAUGGAGAUUGAGAAAGGGGACGAAGAACAGGGCACGCUUCCCAAGUAUCUAAAAUGCAGUUAUCUCGACGCAGUCGUUGGUAAAGAGAUCCAUAAUUACUGGGGAUAUCGAGUUUUGGAGCACACUAACUCCCACGGCGAAGUACUUGCACUCAAAGUCAGCAACCCAGAUGGCAUUGACCGCUCUCAAGCCGAUAUGAUGCACUAUGCUGCAACUCAUGGGGUAUUAGCUCCCAAGGUUCGCGGAGUUUACGAUAUCAUCACAAAACGGCCUAUUGCACGUGUUAUGAUCGGCGACCGUAUCCCUGGUGCGCCGCUUGUUGAUGUCUGGCAGAACAUGUCUCAAGCUGAGCAGACCUCUAUCAAGGGCCAGCUUCGAAAACAGAUACAACAAAUGCGGACUCUCGUACAGCCCUACAUUGGCGGUAUCGAUAAACAACCCACCCGCAACAUAUACAACACCACCUUGAUUAGACACUGUGGCCCCUUUGAAGACGAGGAAUCUUUUGAUGAAUGGUGUCUAGCAAGACUUUCAGGCGGAAGUUUUCAACAUUGGAAAUGGAAGAGAGUGCUCGAAAAGAAGCGACGGAAAUCAACUGGACGCUUCGUUCUUACUCAUGGUGAUCUAUCACCGCGCAAUAUCAUGGUCGACGGCAGCAAUAUCACGGGGAUAAUCGACUGGGAGUUGAGCGGGUUUUAUCCGGAGUAUGUGGAAUAUGCGGUUGCUAUAGGUCUUGGCCCAGGGAUAGAAGAAUGGUGGGUUCCUGUAUUGAAAGAAGUGCUGGAACCGUGCUCACCAGACCUGGUAAAGUUCACGGAGCUUAUAGAAGAAAGAAUGGGAUCUUACUAGCCUAUAUGAUAAGCGGAAGAGCUGCUGUCAUCUAGUGCUUAGAAAUGGAUAAUGAGCGUGCACAAAAGCCCAUUGCAACGACCAACUCCACCUUAUUCUUUUGGCUUUUGAGCCCAGACAACCUUUUGCUGAUAGUAAGGAUGCAUCUUGCCCUGUCUCAACUCUCUUCUCAACAUCGAGAUAUACACCUCAACCUCCUCCUUCGCCCAGCCCUCCACCGUGUUGGCCAUGAACAAGACGUAUCCUUCUACAUCCUGCUCGAGAGUAGCCUGAGCAUACUUUCCAAUCUCUUUCAUCUUCGGAUCCUUUGGCCAGCCUCCGAUAGGAACCUAUUGAGGAACCAUGUCAGUACAGGCUGGGUGGUCACUGCCAGAGAG